CCAUAUUCAAGACGCGGUACGGGCAUUUUGAGUGGGUGGUCAUGCCGUUUGGCCUCACCAACGCCCCGACGACAUUCCAGGCGGCGAUAACCAAUGAGUUUCGUGCAAUGUUGGACAGGUUCGUGCUGGUCUACUUAGACGAUAUUCUCGUCUACAGCCGGACAUUGGAGGAUCAUCUUGGACAUCUUCGACGAGUAUUGGAGACGCUCCGUCGUGCCAAGUAUAAGGCCAACCGCGACAAGUGCGAAUUUGUCCGGCAAGAGCUGGAAUACUUGGGCCAUUUUGUUACACCGGAGGGCAUCAGUCCGCUAUCGGAUAAGAUUCAGGCCGUCCAAGAGUGGCUGGAGCCUCGGAACGUCACGGAUGUCCGCUCGUUCCUCGGUCUUACCGGCUACUAUCAGCACUUCAUCAAAGGCUACUCCAAGAUCGCGGCCCACUUGAACAAGCUUCAGUGGGAGGAUCGGCCGUUUGACUUUGGAGAGGAGGCGCGGGGAUCAUUCCUCGCUCUCAAAGCCGCGCUAUUGUUUGUGGAGGUCUUGCGGAUAUACGACCCGCUCGCGCCUACACGUGUCACUACAGAUGCGUCAGGCUAUAGCAUUGGUGCAGUCCUAGAGCAACAUGAUGGUGUGGACUGGCACGCGGUCGAGUACUUCAGCAAGAAAGUGCCACUCGUGCAUUCCAUUGACGAUGCACGCAAAAAAGAGCUCCUCGCCUUCGUCCACGCACUCAAGCGGUGGCGGCACUUCCUCCUUGGUCGAAGCCAAUUUCGCUGGGUAACGGACAAUAAUCCGUUGGUCUUCUACAAGACCCAAGACACCGUCAACAGCACCAUCGCUCGAUGGAUGGCUUUCAUCGACCAGUUUGACUUCUUUCCCGAUCACAUUCCCGAGAAGUCGAACCGUUUUGCGGAUGCUCUUUCACGGCGUCCGGAUCACUGUACCGCGGUCUACUCGACUUUCGAGAUUGACGAUGACCUGCGGAACAGCUUCAUCCGCAGUUACCAAGCCGACCCCGAGUUUCGCGACAAGUACGCUAAUUGCUCCUCGCCUAAUCCGGCUCCUUCUCACUACCGGAUCCAGGAGGGGUACUUGCUUGUCCACACGCGGGGGAAGGACCUUCUUUGCGUACCAAGUGAUCCUCACUUGCAUACACGGCUUCUUGGCGAGUUCCACGACGCUCCCGCCACCGGACAUUGUGGAGUCAAUCACAUGAUUGGCCGACUUUGCCAGCGAUUUUGGUGGCCCGGCCUUCUCGGCGACGUCUCACACUAUUGCGAGUCAUGCGAGGUUUGUCGACGCUGCAAAUCCCGCAACCAUCGUCCGUAUUGCCAGUCCCGUUGAGGUGAAGGGAAGCGAUUGCCAUGGACAUC